AUGGAACUGCAAGCAUUGCUAGUGCUCUGUGGUCUUGGAGUAGCUGGAGCAGCUGUCAUUUUGCUCAUGGGCUUGUUUUCUGCUUCUGGCACUACCUAUGAAGAAGCAAUUGCCCAACAAAGAAAGGCUACAACUGAACUCUUGGCUCUAGCUGAUAAUAAGAGCAAAGCUAAAAAGACGAGCAAAAAAGCUAAUAAAAAGUUAGCAAAGAAAGAGAAAAGGGAGAAUGCUACAGCUGCAACAGGUAGUGAACCCGAGAGUGAGGCUCCAGCUGAAAGUGGCGUUGAUGAAGAUUCAGCACCAACAACAAAGCCUCAUGUUGAGUUCUGUCCGCCUGUGGUUGUUGAAAUGCCUACUGAUACUCCUCCUAAUAUUAGGAUCCGCAAACGCGGUAAGGAUCCUAAAGUAAAGCCGAUACUUAUAAACAAAGAGGAUCCGAGCUGCGUUAGCGAUCCGAGCACGGUGCCUUCCCCUACUGCCUCCAACCACUUUGAAGAGAUGCAACCAAAGGAUGAGUUCGAGUUAUUGCACUCGACAUUUGUUGAAAAAACACUAGAGAAAAAAGAAGAUUCGGGAGAAAAGAAGGAAAGUAAACAACCUAAGCCAACUAAGAUUGGGAAAGUUGCAUCCAAACCAGCCGCAGUUCCGGAGCCAGUCAAGGAAGAAACUGUUCAAGAACGUAACAAUAGCGUCGACGGAGCUAAGGAACAAAGAAAAGUCAAAAAAGGAGAGAAAAAGAGCACCAGCGAGGAAACCGUAGUCACUGCUGAAGAAGUGGUGCCGCCACUGAACGCUCCGCAACCGAGUGAACUGACGACGGAUAAACUGCUGAAGCAGGCGCUUGCGCCGGUAGCAGCGCCGCCCGCGCCCUCGCCACCCGGCGGCAAGAACAAGAAGAAAAAAGCCGAGCCCAAUGUGCUCUCGCUUAUGGCUAGCGACAGCGGCGGUGUUGCAGUCAGCGAAUUGGUACGAGUUGUACGUGAUGCUACGCUCUCGCGCACCGAAAUCCAGAUAUUGACUGAUGCUCUACUGAACAAACACCAUGAUCCGUUGCCGGAACACUCUGAAUGGACUGAGGGCCCGAAUGACCCUAUGCAAAAAAUGAAGAAGCAACUUGCAGAAAAAGAAAAGGCUCUUGCAGAUGAGAUAGAAGCUUCCCAAGCACUUCAUGCUAAGCUAAAGGAACUUCGGGCGACAUUGAACGCGGAGCGCGGGCGCGCAGCGGCGGCAAGCCGCGCGGCCGAGGCGGCGGCAGGUGCGGCGCGCGCCGAACUGCACACGCUGCAGGCGCGGCUGCAACGCGUGCUCGACGACAACCACGCGCUCGCACAGGAGAAGCUGCUCCUACAAUCAAAACUCGCCGCCGAGGGAGAAGCACAGGCGCAACGAGUUCAAAUGGAAAUGCACAUCCAGAGAUUGUCAGAAUCUGAGGCGACGCUAGUGCAGCAACUGACGGCUCUGCAAGCCGAAAUGAACACACUCGCGCGGGAAACUGCUCAAGCACGCUGCGACGCGGGCGCUGCACGCGAUUCUAUGAUAAUGGCGCAGCGACACGCCGAGGAGCUCGCACAACAGUUACAGGAGGCCAACCGAGCAUUAGCAGAAUUAGAACAACAGAGACAGCGCUCCAUACAUGGGGAGAAAAUUGCACAGCAGGAACUGCGAGAGGCACAAGACAGACUCGCCGGCAUGGCUGAACUCCAAAAUGAAAUACAGAGACUGACUGCUCGCGCACAGACCGCCGAAAGCAAUGCGGAAAAUCUUAAAGAAGACGCAGAAAAGGCAAAGUUAGAAGCAAAUAAACUAAGAGAAGAAGUAGAAAAAUUGAAACAAGAGGCAGAUCAACUAAGGGAACAAUCUGAAAAACAAAAAUCACAAGUGUCGAACGAGCUUGCAUCGUUGAAGGAGCAGUUGUUAUUGCGAGAGUCAGAGCUGGCGGAGUUGAAGCAAAUGACUGUUGUCCCUGCACAGAACGGACUGCCACCAUCCACUAAUGACGACCAGAAGCGAGCGAGUGAGCUAGCGAAGGUGGAGAGCGUGGUGGCAGCCCUGCGCGAGGAGCUGGCGGCUGCGCAGCGUACCAGCGCCGACCACAAGCAGCAGCUCGCCGCGCUCACCGCACAGCUGCACCACUACCAGGACAAGAACAACGAGUUGCGAACUAAAAACUGGAAAAUAAUGGAGGCGUUACAAUCAGCCGAAAAGGCCCUCCAGGCGAAAACUACCAGCGCGAUGCCGGUCCAAGACUCGCUGCCUGAGGCGAUAUUAAAAGCCCAAGAGUCACAAUACCAAGAAGUGACGAACGUACUACGUUCUGCCUGUCCUGUCGCUGCACCAAGCUCGGGAACAGGUCGUGACUGGCUCCAGGCUUUCGCUAAUAAUCUACGGAACGAGUUCCAGAAAAUGGAAGCGCAGAAGCGGGAGCUGGAGAAGAAGCAAAAGGAGCUAGAGUUAGAGAAGAAAAAAGUACCAGAAGUUCAAGCCGCACCUGCGUCCGAUUCACGGCUAAGUGAGUUGCUCGCGCAGAAUGAACAACUCCAAAGCCUGCUGGACAAAUACAAGAGAGUUAUAGAGGAUACAGAAGGUGCAUUAAGUCGUUUGCAGCAAAAUGUGACGAUAGAAGAGCAACGGUGGGCAAAACAAUUGACAGAGAGGCAACGCGAACUUGACGAGCUCCGACAAAGGACCGUGUCACAGAUGCAGAAUAAAAUCGACGCCUUGGAGCUAGAGUUAAAAAAAGCACAAACAUCAAACCACGGCCACAGCUUUGCUGAUGCAGAAAGAUUUACAGAGGAAAGGUUAAUAGGAUCCUUAUCAGAUAAACACGAUUUGCGCAAUGGACCUACACAGGUGGCAGUCGAAGAGAAAUAA